AUUUUGUAGUAUUCGUGAUUACAAUUGGCGAACGUUGUGGGAAAUACCAAGUGAAAUAGUGGUGAUCGAUGGCAAAGUAAGCAUUUACGUGGUUAAAACCAGAACGGGUCGCGCGUUCCCGUAACUCCUGGUGAUUCAUCGAGGUUUUAUAAACGUUUGUCACUAUGGACACCGACGAUGGUGAAUCCUCAAGCAGUGGGCCUAUGUCCAGCUUGAAUAGCUUAUUUUCCUUCACAAGUCCUGCUGUAAAGAAAUUACUUGGCUGGAAACAGGGUGAUGAAGAAGAGAAAUGGGCCGAAAAAGCAGUGGACAGCCUCGUGAAGAAGUUGAAGAAGAGAAAAGGAGCCAUCGAGGAGUUGGAGCGCGCGUUGUCCUGUCCCGGCACGCCUUCCAAGUGCGUCACAAUACCACGGUCGUUGGAUGGAAGAUUGCAGGUCUCACAUCGCAAAGGCCUGCCUCAUGUGAUCUACUGCCGAGUGUGGCGGUGGCCGGACCUCCAAAGCCACCACGAACUUAAACCACUUGAAAUUUGUCAGUUUCCAUUCAGCGCUAAACAAAAGGAGGUAUGCAUAAAUCCUUACCACUACAAACGCGUAGAGAGCCCAGUUUUGCCACCAGUUCUUGUACCUCGGCAUUCGGAAUUCGCUCCGGGGCACUCUCUGCUGCCCUUCCAGAGAACAGUGGAGCCGGCGAUGCCCCACAACGUAUCAUACUCGGGGUCAGGGUUUCCACCUUCGGCGACAUCGGAACUGCCGGAUACUCCUCCUCCGGCGUAUUCUCCGCCGUCCGACGACACCGAGCCCCCCGGAGAAGUAGCUCCGGUUUCCUACCAGGAGCCCCUGUAUUGGGCGUCAGUGGCGUACUACGAGUUAAACUGUCGAGUCGGUGAAGUUUUCCAUUGCAACUCACACUCCGUAGUAGUGGACGGCUUCACCGAUCCAUCGAACAAUAGCGAUAGGUUCUGUCUCGGCCAGCUCAGCAACGUGAACAGAAACUCCACGAUAGAGAACACCCGGCGUCACAUAGGGAAAGGCGUCCACCUGUACUACGUGGGCGGAGAGGUGUACGCCGAGUGCCUCUCGGACGCGGCCAUCUUCGUGCAGAGCCGCAACUGCAACCACCACCACGGCUUCCACCCCUCCACCGUCUGUAAGAUCCCGCCGGGCUGCUCGCUGAAGAUCUUCAACAACCGCGAGUUCGCCCAGCUGCUCUCGCAGAGCGUGAACCACGGCUUCGAAGCGGUCUACGAGCUGACGAAGAUGUGCACCAUCCGGAUGUCAUUCGUGAAGGGCUGGGGGGCGGAGUACCACCGGCAGGACGUGACGUCGACGCCGUGCUGGAUCGAGAUCCACCUGCACGGGCCGCUGCAGUGGCUGGACAAGGUCCUGACGCAGAUGGGCUCCCCUCACAACGCCAUAUCGUCCGUGUCUUAGCCGUGCCGCGAUCACAUUCGCCCCCCACCGUUGUUCGUAUUUUUAUUUCGGUUCUAUUCGCUAAUCUCACAAAAUUACGUGCAUUUUUUUUCUUUAGUAAGCUAAGAGAUUGUGGAUUUUAAAUUUUGUAAAAAACUUUCUACAGCAGUAUCCGAAAAGAUUGCUGACAAAAGAUUUUAUAAAUUAAUUUAUUUCCGCCAAGAUGUUUCGUAGGAAUGUGUCGAUAUCCGAGUGUUCGUUAUCUUGCGGAAAUUAAGAAAUUAAACUUCUACGAAUAUAACAUAAAAAAAAAAACGUUUCAUACAGUAACGUGACUAUUCGUUGCCAUAUAGCGAUUUUAUAUUUUUAAUAUCUAAACGCGUAUUCAAUUUAACUAUAUGCCCAAAUAUUUUAUAAAAUUGUAGCUCAAAUGAUGUGUCCAAUACGGUCGGAACGUGAAACGUAUUCUAAGUAAUUGUUUGUAUCUGUUAUAAAGACAUAUAUUAGGAAUGGAUGAAUUAUACUCGUGAACGUUUUACGAUGAUGACGACUUAAUAUAAUCGUUGUAAAUAAUUGGAGAGGUUAAGAAUCGGUUCGGUGUGUCGAAGACUCGAUUAUUAAAAUGGUAUGUCAAGGUAUUGUAACUAUACGAUUAUUAACAAUAUAUAAAGCUUCUAGUUAUCUUAAAUGCAAUUUUUUUUUUACUAAUUUUUACAUUGUGUAAUUAAAUGGUUAUGUGGUGCCCAAAAUUUUAACAAUAAUUUAAUUAAAAAAAAAAUAAGUUAGAGAACUUUCGAAAUUGAGUCGCCCUUUUACAUACAUGUAUAUAAAAUAAAAAUGAUAUUCCUUUACGGGGCCACAGUAACAGUUAAUCAUAACGGUAAAUAUAUUUUACAUGAAGUAGUUCUAAGAUGGAAUUGAAUAGGAAUCGUGUCGAAAAGUAAACAUGUUUUAUUGGAUAUAGAAUUAUUUCGUUAUAAUAAUAGUCAAGACCAAAUGUGAAAUUGUAAAUUGGUGCGUUCGUGUUUUAAUUUUUUUUUUUUUUUAUAACGUAUAUGGCAGUGGUUCUAAAAGUAUGAAUGUGCCAUUUUGUGUAAAUUGUGAAUUCAACGGAGAAACUGGUCUUUUAUUUGAAUGGUGGAAUGUUGUUUUUUCGUUGUAAGAAAAUUGAUUUUUUUUUUUUAAUUGUAAAUUUUGUUACAUUUAUAUUUUAUAUUUGGACGAAGGAUAAAAUUUAUAAUAAUAACGGAUUUAAUGAUUGAAUAUAAUUUGAUACGAUCAAUGAUUAUGAUCGUUGAUAGAACUUGACUUAUAAAACCAAAUUGGGGCAUUGCGCAGACAAAAUUUCUUAUUGAAUUGAUCUCAAAAUAAUACUAAGUGUUUAGUUCCUCCUGAUGAUUCACUGUGGCGUGUCCCGUGCCUUAUGAGAGUGCAUUCAAUGAAAACUAAAAGAAUGAAUGAAUGAUAGGAACAAUUAAAUGAAACAUACAUUCAGAUGUAUUUAAUUUUUAACGAAUUAAGUAACAGAUAACACAAAAUUAUUCGCUAUAAGUAUUUUUCAAUACGAAAGCCUAAUUUUAUACGUAAAGGCUUUUAAUAUACUAUAUAUUUACAAAUAUAAGUUACAUGUUAAAGUUUAUUAUAAUAAUAAUAAUUCUCUUCACAAUACAGAUUAUAAAAUAUAUAUGUAUUAAUUCUAUAAUUUCCAGUCUACACGAUAUAUGAUGAUUAAUAUAAUCUAAUUAUACUCUGACCGUUCUCAAAGCUGUACGAGGGCUCUCAAAGGCCUUUAUUAAGUUUUUAUUUCACUCUAACUGCUCUUCUAUUCGAUUGAGUUAAUAGUACUUCACAAACAUUAUGCUGUUUGUUUUAGUAAAUGGAAUGAAUAGUUAAUUUUUUAAAACUUUUUCAAAUUCAUAAAGUACGUAGUUACAUGAAUUAGUCGAAACACUUACUACAUUUUCAUAAUGUUCACAAACUGACAAUAUAUUAUAAAUAUAAUGGUAUAGGAAGGAAAUAAUGUACAAUUUUGUAUAAUUAGCUCUUAAAUAUAUGUUACAUAAUACUACUAAAUGUACGUGCCUACAUAAUUUAUUAUAUAAACCCGUCCAAGUGAAUGCCUCUGUAGCUCAGUUCUGUUUUGAAAAGUAUUGUAUUUUAAAAAUUUAAAUGAUUUAAAAAUAUAUAUAAAUAUAUUAAAUAUUUUUCAUGUUAAUGACAUUUAAGCAUAAUAAUGGAAUUAUGUAUACGUAUGUCUGUAUAUAAAGAUGGAUGUUGAUAUUGAAUUUAGAUUAAUCGAAUUUUGACACAGCUCGAUCGAUAACCAUGGAAGUAGGCAUAAUGUAAAUAUUUAAUUUACUCUGUUGGAACUUGCUUACAGAACAUCCAUCUUAUACAUACAGAAGUAUAUAAAUAUAAGUAUAAUCACAAUAAAUAACAAUUUGUUCUAAAUGUUAUUGUUCCCAAUGAAAUCGAUAACAGAACUGAGUUACCAUAUUAUACAAAUAUUGAAAUAUGUAUUUUUACUUUAAAAUUACCGUCGUUGCUAUUUUUAAAUACUAUUAUAAUUGUAUUAUAUAGUGCCUUUUUUUAAAUACAACGUAAAUAAGCCUUAUUCCGACAUGAAUAAUUUUUCAUAUAUUUUUAACAGAUUAAAAAUAGAUGGCCUUAAAAAAUAAUUUCAAUGAAAUUAUAUUUUGUGUACAGGGUUAUAUGAAGACUAGUUCCAUUCUUUACUUUUGUCGUAAGAGUAAUGGAAACUAUUCUGUACCAAGAUAAUUAGAAAACGAAUAACUUUAUAUUUAGUCAUUAAAAACUAAACGUAAAUUUAUUUUUUUUGCAUAUAAAGUAUGAUAAUCUGUGCUAUUAGAUUUUUUUCUAUAGGUUAAAUGAUGUGGUCUGAAAGAAUUUAUAAACUGGCAACAUCGAAUUGAGUCUCGCCAUUUUGAUGAAUCUAAUAAUAACGCAAAUCGCGUUAUUACUAGAUAAUAAUAUUUUUAUGCUAGGACUGUUUAAUUAUUGCUUAUAAUUAUGAAGUCUUCGAUAAAAAAUUUAAAUAAAACAUUAAAAUGAGAUUGUGUACAUCAAAAUGGCUGAUCAAAAUCGAAAUAAGAUAACCUAAGCUGUUAUUAAAACUCUUUAAACUAUACAUACUGUACAGCUUUCAACCAAAUUAAAACGGUUAUUAUUUAAAUGAAAAUUGAAGUUUAUUAAAAUAUUAGAGAUUUUAUUUAAUCUAUGACGAAAACAAAAUUGUAAAUAUUGUUCAAAGUUGUAAUUGUGUCAAUAUUUUUAGACUGGCGUGACCUAUUGAAUUUAUUCGACUUUAGAUUAGAUGUGACUAAUCAUUUUUUAAAUUCCUUCGUUCUCAAUGCGACGUAGACAAUCGAAUCAUUCAUUCACUCAUCAAAGACUUGAUGUUCAUAGACUCGGUGUUCAUUUAUGUAUAGUAUUUAAUUAUGACUACGUAUAGUUUGAGAAUAUUUAUAAAUAUACAUGAUUUUUAAUUUAAACGUCAUGUCAAAAAUAAUUCGAUUAAAUUAGCUGGAUAUUCAUGUAUAUAUUCUGUUACGUGUUUGUGUAAAAUCCUAGAUUACAUUUGUGCGAUUAUUUUAUACAGCUUACGAAGUGAUUUAAAUCAUUUAAUUUUUUUAUAUAUAAAGUUCUGACGAUCAACGUCAUCUAAAGGGAUAAUUUUGUAGUAUUUGUACAAAAAACCGCCAUAAAUCUCAGUUGACGUUAGUUUUUUUUUAAAUAAAUGUUUUACUCGUUAAUUCGUUUAGACGAUUGUAAGUUGCUUAAAAAAACGUACAAAUGUAAUGGUCCUCAAAAUGAAACCUACAAGUUUAUAAAAAUAAUGUAUGAUAUUUGUAAUUGAAUGAAUGACGAUAUCGCUCAGUCAGUUUAUGAAUGCUAUUAAAAUUUAAGCCGUAUUAUAAGUGUAUAAGGUUGGAAGUUGUUUGAAUACAGCAGCGGGCGAUACUAAGUUAAAAUUAAUCGUAAUAAAUGCCAUUGUAUGUGUAAUUUUUAUUACUAUGAACAUUUUUCUCCGUUUAGUACAUAAUUAAUAAAGUUUCUUUAUUUAG